AUGGUAUUAAUCGUUCUUCUCACAUCAUCAUAUGGUUCGACAUUACCGUUGAAUGUAAAAGUUUCCAGUGCUGAUAUUCAACUUCCUGCAUCAAUGAGCGUUGCACAACAUUUGAGAACAGUAUCGGAUUAUUGGACAACAGAAAAGUUAUUAAAUGCUGAAGCUGUAUGGACUACAAAUAGAGUAUCAAAUGAGACUCUCAAAAAAAUACCCGACGGUGACGAUCUAGUGGUAAGCAUCGAUGGUAAACUACCAUUGGUAAAACAAACUCCAAGUUUUAGCGGUCGUAUGACUGCUACAACUGGUCGAGUAUUUUGGUCUUCUCCAGAUAAUACAAGACAAUACUCAUGUUCAGCAUCAAUAGUACCAUCAUCAUCGCUUGAUUUAAUUGUAACAGCAGCUCAUUGCAUGUAUGAUUAUUCUUUCUUUAUUAAUCAAAAUUGGAUAUUCAUCCCGGGUUAUAAACAAGGUCAAGCACCACACGGAAUAUGGUUAGCACGUCGAACAAUGAUCUUAACCGGUUGGAUACAAUCAAAAAAUUACAAUUACGAUGUUGCUUUCGUUGCUUUAUCCACAAAUUUAAAUAAUCAACAUAUCGAACAGGUAUUAGGUAGUCAAGGUAUAGGUUUUAAUUAUCCUCGGCAAGAAAUGACAUAUUCAUUUGGUUAUCCGGUUAAUUUGCAACAAGGCCAAGUGGUACAGUACUGUGCAGCAAAAACAAGUCGUUCAACAUAUACCACGAAUAAUUA